AUCAGCCGACUUGACGAUCAGGCCUCUAUGUUUCGGACUGAUUUGGGCAAAUUCUCAGAAUUUUCGAUAACCGGCAAGGGAUGCAGAAAGGGAUCGGGAACGGAAGACUGCUCGCUUAUCUUGCCGAUUUGCUGGGGCGAUCGUUGAGGCAAUGCGAGAGUGUGGGGGGGGAGGGGAGAGAAGUUGAGAGAGAGCAAGUGGUUCUAGAAUGGAUGGUGACGAGGCAAAGGGGUUGGUCAUGUGGUCAGAGAUAUCCCCAAAGAGGGAAGACCACUUCUUCUUCACCUUCCAGUUUCUUUUCUGUCCUGGACAUUCCCCAGAAUUAUUCAAUCUUGUCACGGGAUCCUCCAUACUCCAUACACAUUACAACAACUCUCGCUAACACAGGGGACCAGCGAUCCUCGCUCCUGGUCCAACCAGCGCACUCGACGGCGAUAGUGUCUUCGGCUUUCUGGGGCUUGACUUUGGCCCUAGUGAAUUGGCAAGGAAGGGAGAGGGGCCCGGAUGACGUUCGCUGCCCCUCCAUGGGUGAAUUCUAUCCCCGGAGACCCAUGUGAAAUGAUGAGGUGCGAAUCAGCUAUCGUCUACCCACCACCCUCGGAUUUGAGAGGCAUGUCGUUAUCGCCCAAAUGCAUGCACGCAUGCAAGCUGGUGGGCUCGACAUGUUUGCUCCGAGCUCCCCGUCCAGCUUGCCCUUGACCCGACACCCCUCCAAGUUCAGUGUCUUUGACGUGCCCCGAUCACGCCUUCCUUUGCUAUUUACUAGCUA